UGGUACCAUUCACAAACGUGCCAGUUAUCGAUCAUCAGGGAUUUCGAAGAUCGUUAAAAUAAUGAUUUUGAGUGUCGCAAAGUUUUAAAAAUUCUUUGCAAUUUUGUUUGUAUUUUGGUGUAGGCUCGUUAACCGAUAGAGGCGGGAUUUACAAACAAGUAACAAGAACGCAAAGGUCCAUCGAAAUGUCUGACUUAGAAGAAGGAGAAGUCGUUGAUUCGGAUAGCGAGGGACCCAAUAAGAAACUACCUUCAGUGAUUCAUGCAGAAGACACUGGUUCAAAGACCACCAGUCAGGGGGUUGCUGCCUUUCCAUCAGUGUCAUUUCCAACACCGGCUGUUCCUUCCUUUUCAUAUGGAAAUCACAGAUCAAAGAUCACAAGCAACUCCGAGGAUUCUUGUGAUACCAGUGACGAAGACUCUGUCCUGUGGAAUCAGAAACGUGCCAAGUAUAUCUCGAAGCAGCAGCAGCAGCAGCACCAUCACAGUAUGGACACGAACCACGAAUCCACCACAUUACCGGUGUUCCGGAACCCGUUGCGGUGUCGCAAUGGAAAUGACAAACAAAACAAACAGGGAAAUAACAUCUGGGGUUCUGUCCUCGAGGAACAAUGUUUAACUCAGGGAAUGAAAAGUUUCGACGUCGAGAACAGUAGUAACAAGAAUCUGAGCGACAGGAAUGUGGAGAGUUAUGACUUUACGAAGGCGGCUGGCGACACGCGGCCUUCCUCGAUUCCUGACGAAGACAUCAUGGAAGGGAAUCCCGAUGUGGACAACCCAUUUGGUGGUGGAGAGGUGGUCGAUCUGGAACCCAAUGAAGGCACUGGUGCCAUAAGGCCUCGAAAGAGGAAGCAUGUUAAAAACAGGCUCGGUGAAAGAACGUUUGAUAAAAAGAAGUCAAGAGAUCAUAUUGGUGUGACAAAGGACGACUCCACUGCCAAAAUUGUAGGUGCCUUGGUGGAACAUUUGCGAGAGCCGAAAGUGCAACUUUUAAACCGUGUUGUUGAUACUCUCGGGAAGGAGAAAACGCUGGAGUUACUCUACAUGACAGAGGAUGUGGAAGCUAGAGGUGGAAUGAUGACCAUGGAUGGAAGUCGCAGAAGGACAAAGGGUGGUGUUUUUAUACAACUCCUUAAAACUGACAGAAAUAUCGAGAAGAAAGAUGUAAAAGAAAUAUUCGCUGAAGAGGAAAGGGAACAAAAAAAGUGUUUAAAAGCUCUUUCCAGACAGCGUCGCAGAAAGAGAAUGCAAGCCAUUGCUAGAAACACUAGCCAUAGAGACGGUUACUCUGACAACAGAGCAACUACACAGGAUGACAGUGGUGGUGGUGGUGACGGCAUGGACAGUUCAGAUUCUAGUCGACCCGAUCAAACGAGGUCGACGAAUCGCUCCCGUCGUGCCGUGUGUUACGAGAGCUUCGAUGAGGAGAAAGAGGACUCAUUUGCUCUAAACACACCCACUGGUGAUAACGUCUUGUCCAGUGAUGGCAGACACGCAAGGGAGAGUGGCGACGGAGCCAGCGAUUCUGGCAGUGUAGGGGAGAAAACUCGAAAGGCAGUCCAUAGAAAAGGGGCCGAAACUUUCCAUGACGAGGAUAUGUUGGACAUUAUGCCUGGGGACGAAGAAACGAUCGGGUAGAACAGUGAUUAUUAAGACUGUUUGUAGUACAGUGACUGGAAAUCCAAAAGAACAUGGCUGGGGUCUGGCCUUUUGCUUAUAAAAUGUUACAUUCUGGACCUAAAUAAAGUCUUGCAUAAAUACAUGUAUGUAUGGUUAAAGAGACUGCCAUUGUUCAGAUACGUCCAGCUAACAGAUACUUUUUAACAAUUAAAAUUAGAUAUUUAAUUUUCCUCUUUAUAAUAUCUGUGUCAUUAUAUCUAAUGCGUUUCUGAUCAUCCUUAUCUUAAAUUUCAUUAUAUUUCUUAAUAUAAAUGUUUUUGUGUACACUCACAGAAUUAUUGUGAGGUACAAUCCAGUUCUGGCUACUACAAGCAUGUUAAUGAUGACAAUGAUUACAGGGCUCGAACUUAAUGAUGGCACCGACAGCAACUGUCGUCGUUAAUAUAUAAAUUGCCGUUAGCAAGGAGCAACACCGGUGGCACUUUUGUGUUGUCAGUAAAGCUCCUCGACAGUGGCAAAAGGUGUAUACCUGAUGUACAUUAUCUGUCAGUAUUUAAUAUUUGUACAUUUGAAAUAUCUCUACAUACAGCAAAAUAACCUUUCAGUCAAGUUUAUUUGCUGAAAAAGUCACUUUAAAAAGAAUUGCCAUAGGCAGGCUCAAAAUGUUCGUCAGUGGUCUUUUUUGCCAUAGGAGACAAAUUCUUAAGUUCGAGCCCUGUGAAUACACAGACUUACUAAACAAGAAAAUGUAUUUAAUGUAUAAUUAUAGUUGUUGGAAAGUCUCCGUUAGAUGUAAACAUGUUGCAAUGAUGGCUAACUAACAGUCCUAUUAAAGUCACAAGUCUUUAGCUAGAGUCUUGAAGUUUUGGACGAAAGUUAUGUGAUAAUUGGUCUUGGUCGAAGAAAGAUACAUGCAGCAUGGGGAUGGCAAGGUGGGCAUUCUGCCAGAAAAUAAUUUGAGGGUGUGUAAGAAAAAAUAAAAACAAAACAAAUCAUAGGUGUCUCAUCUAGGUGGUUAUGGGUUUGAAAUCUUUUGAAAAUGGACAUGCGUUUCAUGUAGUUUAAUGUAAAUUGUAAAGCAGCCGUUCUUUAAUUACAAUCUUUCUAGUAGUUUUAAAAGUGUAUCCAUCCAUUUCCAAGAUUUCUGGCAGAAACCUUGCAAGGCUAUCUUGUUCAUAGCCAAAUGGCCAAAAUAACCCUAACUUGCUGCAAUUUUAGUCCCUUUCCAUUCAUGAGCAAAAUCAGGUGGGCUCAAGAUUACUGUCCUGAAAUUAUGCCAGGUGAGCAAUCAUAUGAAGUUUCUGGGUGAGCAGAAUAUUUCGCCCGACUACAUGUAUCUAUUAAACUUCAGAAAUUGCAGAAACACUAGUUACUUUCAACAAAAUAUCAAUUAUUAUAUAAACUUAUUUCGCCAUAUCAGAAUAAAAUUAGCCAAAUAUUUUUUAUUUUUUUGCUCUUGGCGAAUUUGGUGAGUGCCAGAGCUAGCCCUGAAAUGAAUUUGAAAAAUGUUGACGCUCUCCUAAAACUCUAGGUGAGUGUAGAAGUGAUCAGUCACGUUUUUUCUUCAGUUUUGUAUUAGGUCAAUCAGUUUUUAUAGAAAUGUUGGAAUAAUUAUGUAAAAAUUAUUAAAUAGUGUAGUACACUUUAUACUUAACUAGUGAAAUGGUCUCAGUGCUAAUUUAUUAUUUGAAAAAAAAAAAAAGAAAACUAAAUAAAACUCGAUGCACAGUUUUAUACUUUGUCAGUCAUGUUUUACUUAUGUUGGCCAGACUGGGAUAUACAUGUAAAAUUGGUUAGAUAAUUUUAUGAGUUAAUUGAAAUCAAAUUUAGGAAGAUGGACUAGAAGAAAAAUCCUUUCCAGACUGAGCUUUAGUAUGAGCAGUUUCAGAUAUUUUAAAAUCUCUUUGCAUCUGUUCAUAAUUAAACCGGCCUUAGUGGCGUCGUGGUUAGGCCAUCGGUCUACAGGCUGGUAGGUACUGGGUU